GCUCGUUGGAUUGACCAAAAGAAGGCCCGAGAUUUCAGAUUCAUGCUAGAUGUGUGCUGUUGGUUGGACCUCGCUCUCAUAUUCAUUAUUCUUCAGAUCGCUUUCUUCGUCGCCUUCGCGCUCAUGCCACCACCAGAAGGCCAUGCCCUCGAGGAUUGGCUCAGUCUCAUUCGCGGAUUGCGCACCACGGCUAUCUUAUUCUACGAACUACCUUUCAUAUUUCGAAAGACUCAGUGGAUUUCCAUUUGUCGCCGACACCGUCUUCCAAGCAAUACGACCGAAUUCGGAUCAAUAAUGAGCUUGGUUCAACAGCUUAUCCUCAUCGGAAUCAUCGAGCCACAGAUGAUUCAG